UGUGCGUUCCCAUAGACGCGUUGCCAUAGCAACCGGUGUCACAACAAAACAAUAGAAUAUUUAAAAAAUUGUUAUAAUGCUAAAUUAGCACGGCUCACGUAUCCAGGGUUGUUAAGUUAAAUCGAUAUGCUCUCACUGAUAUAUAUUAUAAUGAUGCCCGGAGUGGACGCCAAGUGGGUCGAGGGCUGGGUCAAUACCAAGGAGAACUGGGCGUUUCUGGCUCGUUUCUGUUUCCUGUCGCUGGAGGGGCAGUUCGAGUACCUCAUAGAGUAUGACAGAGAUCUGGGAACACCGAACCUACUGCUGUAUUAUGACGAGGAGACUCAGUGGCCCGCAGUCUAUCAUAGCAGUAAGACAUGCAGAGAACGUGAGGCGGUGCUGAACAAGGGAGGACAGAACCAGAUUGUGAAGCUAUCUCACUGGUAUCCAGACACAGAGUACUCUGGAUGCAUUCUGACACAAUCAAACAAAGAGUUGCCAGCUUCGAAAAGCACAACAGCAACAGUCCCAACGACAACAACAAAAAAGACAAAUUCAACUAGGACUGACCUACCGCAGGACCCGCUGUACUACGAUCAGUUUUUAAAAACUACCACACCAAAACCAAAAACUACCAUAAUUGAUGCAAAUUCUACCAUCUGGUACGAAUUGCUACCAGAGAACAUAACGACAACAGUGUUGCCAGAGGACGAGUGGGAAAACAUCGGUCCGCAAGAAAACGACACUCAAACGGAAAAACUAAAAGACGUGGAAUUGUUAUUCGACAAUACGAACAGCAGUGCGCUGAAAAUCAAACGUUCGACGUUUGAACUUUACGAGAGGUUCCGCAAGAGGAGGUUGUAUUCUGAAUCGAAUCAAAAUGGAGAAAGUGGGUCCAAUACUGACACUGUCAAAUUUAUAGUCACUUGUCGUAACUCGAGGAGGUUCCGGUCAGCGAGAGAGAGGUGGUGGUUCAUCGCCAUAAGUAACUGCGGCAGUCCUAAGGGCUUGGACGUUAGAUAUAAAUUUUUGAUGACGAAUGGCCCGAGUGGAGAUUUUUGGCAUGAACAUUUCUCAGCUGACGAAUUCUAUGUGCUACCAAUACUCCUGGCAUACACUUUCGCCUACGUCAUAGUCAUGGUGGCGGUAGUGAUGUGCAGCGUGGAACUCAAGACGCGUCACUUGUUGCACUCGACCUACAAACUAUUCCUGAUAUCGAUAGUGUCGCAACACUUCGGUGUUAUCUUGCAGAGUCUCGCCGGGAUCAGAUACGCCUAUAACGGUAUUGGUAACCCCGCUGCUAGAGUUCUGGGUCAGAUUCUCUGCGGUGUCUCGGAGACGAGUUACCUCCUGCUCCUGAUUCUCUUGGCCAAAGGUUACACUAUAACCCGCGGGCGGCUGAAGGUCGCCUUCACUGUCAAACUGACAGUUUUCAUGUGUUGCUACGUCAUCACUUAUAUUGUCCUGUUCGUGUAUCAGGCUAAGGCGUUCGAUCCUGGUGAGGUGUUAUAUAUAUACGAGAGCCCGGCCGGCUACGGUCUCAUCGUGUUGAGACUCAGCUCGUGGUGCGCGUUCGCGUACUCAACGUUUUUCACCGUCAGGAAAUUUCCAGAGAAGAAUUUAUUCUACUGUCCGUUCUUCAUCUGUGGGACUUUGUGGUUUUUCGCGGGACCUCUUUUCAUCUUGACCGCCAAUUCUUAUAUAGACAAAUGGGUCCGCGAGAGCGUGGUGACAGCAGUGUUGCUACUCAUCACGUUUUGCGGACACACGAUGUUUUUGCUGUUAACACUACCGGUUUUCGCAAAUAAAAAUUUUCCCUACCACGUGAGGACGACUCAGAUAGGUGUGAUGGAGGUGAACGGCAACAGUUUGGAUAGGUUUGGACCGACGCCCUACCACCCAAGCGGUGGCACGGCGCAGACUGUUAUAAUACCUCUCACAAGACGCACAGAAGAACUCAUCGGUAACAUGUACAACCAGUACAUGGCAAGCGCUCCGCCUCUGUCAAUGGAAACCCAACAACCGAAACCGAACGCGCCAAAAAGUUUAGGCUCAAUAAGGUCCGGAAGUCUCGUCACGCAGAACAGUUCAGAGACAAAUAGAUCUGACGACAUACAGCCAUCGAUUAAAGAAAUAUAUACAGUCGAGGGGGAAAUCAACAAAAUGGACACCGAAACUGAGGCAGUGUUGCCAGAUGAAAAGCUACCGAAUGAAAUGGAAGAAAAUACAGAAUUACCGCCCAUUGUUAGGUCGAGGAGAAAUAUUUUGGAGCCCAUUAAAAGAGAUGUCCCCGAUUGGUCGUUAGCUAAGGGAGCGUGUGUGGUCGCUAUGCAGUUAAAGAAACUAAAGACUGCAGAAGACGAAGAAGUUUCCGAACUUCCACCGCUACAAAUAAACGGCAAGAAAGUUUUAAGGAACGGACAAACAAGUCUAGCGGAAAUGGGGACCAUACAUGAAGGUAGGGAGCAGACAUACAUACGCUCGCCCGCGGAUAUAUUCACAGUUACAACUAGGAGUUAAUAUGUAUAGGGAAUUAGGAUAAGUCUAUAUACUUUCCUGGUAAUAAAUCACUUUUUAUAAUAAAUAUUUGAAUGUAAGUAAUUCGUGAAGAUUUUCUUGUACAUAUUAUGUGCUGGCAAAUUUUUUUAUUUCCUUCGAAACAAGAAGGUUCUCAUUUAGAUAGUAUUUUUAUUUUCAUAUAUAUUAUUUUAAAUUUUAAAAUAUUUUUGACAUGGACACGCUGAAAGGAUCUCUUUUAAAUAUUUUUAUAUAAAUAAUUUUAUUCAUCAUUACAGAAAAAAUAUAUCUUUUUUUUGAAAGCGCUUAUAUUUUGUAGUCCUGCUUGCACUUAACUCUCAGUAUGACAGAUUUCAGUUUAGUCAAAUAAAUCAAUAUAAUGUCCUUACCAUUAGUAUUGGCAACUACAUACUGUCAGUUUCAACGUUUUAACUCGUAUAUACGAAAUUUUUUUUAAUAUCAUGUAUGAGGGAAAAGACGUUGCAUGUUAAUUUUUUAUAUUUUUUUAAUUAACGAAAAAAUAUUUAAUCUUUCUAGUCAUACAUUUUAUCAAGAUAUCAAGUGAUGAGAUUUAACUUUAUUGAUAAAUGUAUUUAAUUUUUUUUAUUAAGCACAUUUAGUCUAAGUCUCAAGAAUAUUCGCGCGACUUUUUUCACGCUGCUGUGUAAAAAGUCGCGCGAUUUAAAAAACGCGCGUCGGAUGCACGUCGUCUGAUCAUAGCCUUAUUGAGUGACAUGUUCUAGUCGGAGCAAUAAAAUGUUUUAUGUAUUGUGUGAAA